CUCCCAAACACACAAUAAAAGGGGGUGCGUUCAAACCAUUUCUGAAAUUUUGUGUUAUCAUUACACAAGGGCUAUGUAAUCUUCUCUGUAUCGUUCCAAUUUUAUCGGAGGUCCCUUCGGGGAGGGUGAGUUGGGACAAGUUGCUAGCCAAAACAUUGAACCUAAAAAAAAAAAAAAUCAACCUCCUAUAUAUAAAUGUAAAGCACAUAGUAUAGAUUCAAAAUAAAACAUUUCAUAUAGUAUAGUUCUCUAUAAUGGCCUCCAGUAUUCUCCAUUUCCAUAGCCAAAAAAAUCAAGAAAUCAUAGUAGUUGUUGUCCCUUUUCCAGCACAAGGUCAUCUAAAUCAACUUCUUCAACUAUGUAAACUCAUUGCAUCACACAACAUACAAGUCCAUUAUGUUACAACAAUGACACACACACAUCAAGCUAAAUUAAGAGUUCAUGAUCCAUUUUCAUUCAUAAACAACAAUAUCCAUUUUCAUGAACUCUCAACACCAUUCUUCAAAUCCCCUCCUCCCAACCCGAAUUCCACGAUCAAAUUCCCAAGCCAUCUCCAACCCUCGUUCGAGUCUUCUUCUCUUCUACGUAAGCCUUUGUCCAAACUCCUACGCGUCCUCUCGUCUAAAGCAAAGAGGAUUGUCAUCAUCCAUGACUCAUUAAUGGGAUAUGUGGUUCAAGAUUUUGUCCACUUGAAAAAUGCUGAGGCCUAUGCUUUCCAUAGUGUGUCAGCAUUCACAUUGUUUUUGUUUAUUUGGGAGAAUAUGGGGAAGCCUUUUGAUAUUGAUGCAAAUUUUCUAAAAGAUGUUCCAUCACUUGAAGAUUGUUUUAGUCCUGAAUUUGAGAAAUUCAUUAAAUCACAAUAUGAUUAUAUGAAGUUCAAUUCAGGGAGGAUUUACAACACAUGUAGAGUUAUUGAAGGUCCUUUUCUUGAUUUGUUGUCAAAGGAACAAAUAAGUAAUAACAAGAAGCAAUGGGCCCUUGGACCAUUCAAUCCUGUUUUAGUACAACAAUAUGGGACCAAAAGUUGUCACAAGCAACAUAAAUGUCUAAUUUGGCUUGACAAACAUGAGCCAAACUCGGUUGUAUUCGUGUCAUUUGGGACCACGACUUCAUUUUCCAAUGAACAAAUCAAGGAGAUUGCAAUCGGAUUGGAGAGGAGCAAGGUGAAGUUCGUUUGGGUGCUGAGGGAUGCGGAUAAAGGGAAUGUUUUCACGAAGGAUCAUCAAUCAAGAAAGAUUGAAUUGCCAAAAGGGUUCGAGGAGAGAGUUAAGGAUAAGGGGAUUGUGUUAAGAGAUUGGGCGCCCCAAUUGGAAAUAUUGGCACAUUCUUCUGUUGGUGGUUUCAUGAGUCACUGUGGAUGGAAUUCAUGCAUGGAGAGCAUUUCCAUGGGAGUGCCAAUAGCCGCGUGGCCAAUGCAUUCGGAUCAACCCCUAACUAUUUUCUUGGUGACGGAAAUAUUGAAAAUAGGCCUGACUGUGAGAGAGUGGGAGAAACGCGAGGAGCUAGUAAGUGCAUCCGCUAUUGAAAAUGUCGUGAGGAAGUUGAUGGCAUCUGAAGAAGGUGAUGCCAGUAGGAAAAGAGCAGAAGAAUUGGGAGAAGCUGUAAAGCGUUCCACAGAAAAAGGGGGUGCUUCUCGAAAGGAGUUGGAUUCUUUUAUCGCGCAUAUCACAAGAUAGACUAGCUUUUCACUAGAAAUAUGUUUCUUUGAUCUUGGAAAGUUCAGUAUCUGAAACUUUUUAUGGUUAUCUUAUUGCUUUGUAUUUCUCUCUUAAUGAUCUUGUUUACAUUUCUCAGUUGUUUGCAUAUUCAUAUGUUAGACUGUUUUAUGACAAGACUUAGUUCAUAGAUUUUGAUGUA